AUGCCACAAAGUGAGGGCCCUGUGGACAUAUUUCCCAGCCAAAAUUCUGGCGCCGACACCAACGAUCGACUAGACAUCUCCACGGCUCUUCAAACCAGCGAGACCUCAAGUUUUACAUUUCCCGACGACAGAAUACUCGAGGUCCCCUCCUUGACACUCCUCAACGCAGCGACAAAAGUAGCACACCGGUUGAACCUGGCCCACUUAAUCUGGGACCUGACGGCAACUAGUCCAUUCUAUCGACCUCGCGAAUUGUCCAAUUCCGUCACCUCUCCACCCUCUUUGGGAAGUUCCUCUAACCCGGCGUACUCAUCAACCUCGGCGUCCAGCAACUCUGAUUGUGUGUCUGACUCUGGCCAUAGCGAUAACCCCAACACUGGCAGUCCCGAUCUAACCACCCUCCCCCCUCACCUCCAACCCACACAAACCCAGCGUCUAAUCCCUCACCACCCGGUUCUCGACCUCCUCCCCUGGCCCGGUACGCGCGAUAAACUCAUCCAAGUAUUCAACCUCCCAGAACAUCUUCGGCCGAAGAAUGCACAGGACCCAAUGGGUCUGAUGAGACUGGUCUACGACAUGGAGGAUAUCGGCGGCGAAGGGAUCAAAGUGCAAAGUAGGGAUCCGUUUGAGGCGGAGGGGUGGGAAAUCGGACAGGUUAUGUUUCAGCGGUGGUGGUGGGCUUUUGAGGUGGGUGUUGUGGAAAGUAGUAAUCAGAAGAGGAGGGGGAGGGGUGAGGGGGUGUUGUCUUUGGGUUAG